UUUCAUGGAGGCUGCUAAGUUUGCUGCGCACUGGUUACCAUUUUGCAGAGAGAACAAUAUUGUGCAGAGGAACCCCGAAUCCUAUUUUGAAUCAAAUUAUUCUUCUUCCUCUGAGGCUGUCGAGAUUAUUAAGAGUGGAGCAUGUUGUGGAGAAAGGAAAGAUAGGCGAUGAGUAUAUCACUAGCGAUGAAGAGCGCCAAGCUUUCAAUCAAUGGACACAUAACUUCACGAGCCAAGAUCAUCCUACUGUUAUUCAGGUUUUAUUGGCAAAUAACAGGAGCAAGGACGUUACCGGAAAUUUUAUGCCUAAUCUUAUUUAUGCUUCUAGAGAGAAAAGUAGCACUUCACAUCAUCACUUCAAGGCUGGUGCCUUGAAUGUUUUGCUACGAGUAUCAGCUGUGAUGACCAAUGCACCCAUAAUCUUGACACUAGACUGUGACAUGUAUUCCAACGAUCCGCAGACACUUCUUCGAGUUUUGUGUUAUUAUUCGGACCCUGAAAUUCGUUCCAAAUAUUCGUAUGUUCAAUUUCCUCAGCAUUUUCAUGGGAUCAACAAAAAUGACAUAUAUGCUUGUCAAUUCAAACGAUUGUUUGUAAUUCAACCUAUGGGGUUUGAUGGGCUAGGGGGUUCCAAUAAUGUUGGAACCAACUUAUUCUUCUCCAGGAGAGCAUUCUUUGGUAGCCCAUCCAAUUUUAUAUCACCAGAAAUUCCUGAGUUGAGCCCAGAUCAUUUGGUAGACAAGCCCAUACAGUCCCCAGAAGUCUUGGCAUUGGCUUGUCAUGUGGCAGGUUGCAAUUAUGAGAACCAAAGUGCCUGGGGCUACAAGAUGGGCUUUCGAUAUGGUUCGUUGGUUGAGGACUUUUUUACGGGUUAUCAACUAUGUUGUGAGGGUUGGAGAUCCAUGUUUUGCAAUCCAGAUAGGCCAGCGUUUCUGGGGAAUGCUCUCAUAAGCUUGGUGGAUUUGUUGAGUCAACUGAAGCGGUGGGCUGUUGGUGGCUUUGAGGUGGGCUUCUCAAAAUACAGCCCAAUGAUAUAUGGCAUCAGACGUUUGGGUCUUCUCAUGACGCUACUUUAUUCACAGUAUGCAUUCUGGCCUAUUUGGUCAAUUCCGAUAACCACAUACGCUUUUCUCCCCCAGCUAGCUCUCAUCAAUCAAGUUCGCGUCUUCCCAAAGGUCUCAGAACCAUGGUUUCUGCUGUAUCCAUUUCUUUUCCUGGGGGCCUAUUGGCAGGAUUAUUUCGACUUUGUCUCGGCUAAUGGAACAUUCCAAAUGUGGUGGAAUGAUCAAAGGAUUUGGACCAUAAGAGGACUCACAAGUUUAUGGUUUGGAUCACUUGAAUUCUUGCUCAAAUCCUUGGGCAUUUUGACACAUGACUUCAGUUUGACCAGCAAAGUGAUUGAUGAUGAGCAAAGUAAAAGAUACGACCAAGGGAUCUUUGAUUUUGGGGUUCCAUCGCCCAUGUUUGUGCCCCUAACAAUGGCAGCAUUGAUAAACUUAGUGUCAUUUAUUAUGGGGCUGGCAGAAGUUGUCAAAAGCAGCAAUUUGGAGGGACUUCUAAUCCAAAUGUUCAUAGCGGGAUUUGGGGUUGUGAAUUGUUGGCCAAUCUACGAAGCAAUGGUCUUCAGAAAGGAUAAAGGAAAAUUGCCUACCAAGAUCACUCUCACUGCAGCAUUUCUGACUUGGGCCCUUUACAUUGCAGCUUCUUUCAUUUUUAAGUAACAAAGGUUCGCUAAUGUGAUUUGCAUAUUUCCUUAAUGAUUCUGCUUUGUAUUGCAUCAGAAAGACAAAUAAGAUGGUAAAAAGCAUACUGUCACUAGCUAAUAUAUCCUUUUUGAAAACGAAA